GUUCAUAGUUUUCGGAUAGUGAAAAGAGUAAAAGCUCGCGAAUGCUGUUGCGGCUUGGAUGUCGAGCAUAGCGAGCUUCGGAAGAGCGAGUGGAGCCGCCAGCCGCAAAGUAGUUGUCAAAAUGGCGGGUGAAGGAUCGGCAAGUGUAAAUCCCAACGCAGAAUUUGUUCGAGGACAAGUGUUUGAGGUGGGACCGCGGUAUACCAAUUUGGCGUACAUGGGCGAAGGCGCCUACGGGAUGGUUGUGUCUGCGUAUGAUAAUGUAACAAAAACAAAAGUAGCUAUCAAGAAAAUCUCGCCGUUUGAACAUCAAACUUACAGCCAGAGGACUUUAAGGGAAAUAAAAAUUCUCACCAGGUUCAAGCAUGAGAAUAUCAUAGACAUACGAGACAUACUCAGGGCACCAACCAUAGAUCAAAUGAAAGACGUUUACAUUGUUCAAUGUCUGAUGGAAACUGACCUGUACAAGCUACUCAAGACUCAGCCCAUUAGUAACGAUCACAUAUGCUACUUCCUCUACCAAAUACUGCGAGGACUGAAAUAUAUUCAUUCAGCGAAUGUAUUGCACAGAGACCUGAAGCCCAGUAACUUGCUGUUAAACACCACUUGUGACCUUAAAAUUUGCGACUUUGGACUCGCCCGAGUCGCUGAUCCUGAUCAUAAUCAUGCAGGCUUCCUUACAGAGUAUGUUGCCACUCGAUGGUACCGAGCACCAGAAAUAAUGCUGAACUCAAAGGGUUAUACCAAAUCCAUCGAUAUUUGGUCAGUCGGCUGCAUUCUGGCGGAGAUGCUCUCCAGGCGAGCCAUAUUCCCUGGUAAACAUUAUCUAGAUCAACUCAACCAUAUUUUGGGUGUGCUUGGUUCGCCAUCCGCCGAUGACCUUGAAUGCAUCAUUAAUGAAAAGGCUCGUGGUUACCUUCAAUCUUUGCCGUACAAACCAAAGGUUCCAUGGACAAGUCUCUUCCCAAAUGCUGACUCGCGAGCUUUGGAUCUUUUAGACAAGAUGCUUACCUUCAAUCCAAAUAAGCGAAUUAUAGUGGAAGAUGCAUUGGCUCAUCCAUAUCUAGAACAGUAUUAUGAUCCAGCUGAUGAGCCCGUUGCCGAAGAGCCGUUUAAGUUCGCCAUGGAACUCGAUGAUCUUCCCAAAGAAACUUUGAAGCAGUAUAUUUUCGAGGAAACUUUGCUUUUCCAGGAAAACCAUCAAGAAAAUGCUAUGUAGUCCAGUGCUAGGUGUCACAGAUUGCUGAGUGAGGGAAAGUAAUUGAAGGGACAAUGGUGGUACACCAACCAAACUGAGUGCGAUUAACGACGGAGAUGGGGUGUUGGGGUUUAAGGUUUGUAGGGUGACUCGGUGCGAAUUAGAUAUUGGUUGGCCAGGCACCCGUGCCAUGCGUAUACACUUGUACAUUCACAGUCUCUACCGAAAUAUAGUGAUUUUUAUCACAUUAAAUGCAUAAUAUUAAUUUGUAUAAUAAUUAUUAUUUAUCCUGAGUUAUAGAUUAUACUUACUUACGCUACUUUAGAAAAUUUAUUAAGAAUCAGUGAUCACCGUAAUGCACUAUCUGUGAUUUAAUUACUGAGCAAUUAGGUGAUUCCGUUAUUUAAUACAGUACACGUUUUUUUGGACAUUAAUAAUGCGGCGUUAAUAUAGAAAAAAAAACCGCAUAAAAUUCUUCAAUGAAAGUGUACUUCUUUUCUUUGUAUAUUAGUGUACAUUAAGCAAUAGGCAGAAAAACUGGACCUCGGUCUUUCAGGGAUAUCACUAAAAUUUUAUUGCCAGAAUUUCGUCAUCGUUAGAAAAAAUAUAAAUUAUUUAUUAUAUCAUUUCCAAUACGUAAGUGUUCCGGAAAAGGCCGUCUUUGAGUUUUGUUUUUUCAAUGCAUUAUUUUUUCUUACAUUAUUGGUAAUUUUUAACUUAUUAACGACUUACGCAAAAAGUCUAAAAAUCAAACGUAAGAAUUUCAUCCAAGUUAUCGCAGAAUCAGGUGAUUCAUUGACUUAGUCCAGCGUCAUCAAGUUUAACUUUUUCAAAGUCGAACACUUUUUUGAUUGGUCUUUAGACGUUUAAAGGAAAACUGUUAUAAUGUCUUGAAAAUCUAACAAAAUCGCUUCUUUCUUGAUCCCUGUAACGACUCAGAGCAUGGAUUAUUUAUGUUUUAUAUCUUAACUUACACAUGCUCCAUCUCACGGUCAAACGACCGAUGAUGUUCACGUGCAAGUUGAGAUUAGCAAAAAAAUAAACGCACACAUUAUUCAUAUGAAAAUGAAUGAAGAUGAUUUGAAUAAUUUCAAAUUUAGUUGUUACUUACCUCCAGGUAAUCUGACUUGUUUUAUUAUCUUUCAACACAAGUUUUUCAGAAAAGACCAAUCUAUGGAAGGUUUACCUUAUUAAGUAUAAGACAAAUAGAUAAAGAAAGAAAUAUUGAAAAACUUUUUCCAAUUGAUGACGCAAGUUGAUUAAAAAACAUGAAUAAGCUAGGCACAUGCCAUUAUUGUGGGACGAUUAUGACAAUCUAUAUUAUUCAAUACGAUAACACUCUUCGUUAUAAUAAAUCAAAAGAAUUUUUUGCAUACGUGUAUCGCAUGUUCAGUUGAAAAAACGAAAUAAUAAUAAUCCAUGUAAAUCCAUCUUUUUCACAAACGCAGUGUUAAACAAACUAAAAUUAUUGCCGAAAAAAAUGUUUUCAAUUAUAUAAAAUAUAGUACACUUAUACUAGAUUUUUUUGAUUUGACCCUACCACGCAUAGGAACAAACCCUUAUACAUCUGAUUCACGCAGGAAAGUAAGCGAACGAUGCAGUGUUAUUGUUGAGAAAAGGUGCUGCUCUCAUUGCUCAUUUAAUAAUCUUUCUUCUUUUUUUAUCAACAGUCAAAGUUUUUCGUUGAAUGAUGAAUGGUGUAUGAAGACCUAAAAGGCUUAUAUUUCCAUCAUGCUUUUGUCUAGUAUUCUCUUGGAAAUCAGUGAGCGCCAAUAUUGAGAUGAGUACCUUUCAUGCGAGACAGUCUCCAAUGAUUUGCUUUAAAGAACAUGUCCAAUCUAAGUAGAAUGUCGACGUUAAAGUACCUAAUUUGAAGUUUGGUUGAAAAACUAUCACGUUCACUUCAAUUCAACAGUAAAUACUAAUUUCAAUGGGUUUCAUUUUCAUAUAAAUCGCCAUCGUGACGAGGUAUUGAUAUUAUGCCACAUUUUUUAAACUAUUCAAUGUCGACUGUGUUCUGAGGAAUACAAAUAAAUCAUUGUUGUAAUAUUACUUGUAACAAAGCAAAUGUCAUCAGCAGGUUGCUUUGUAUGUGAUGAAGCAGAACUUGAAAUGAAAUCAUCAUUCGGUCGCUAGAAGCCUUAAAAUAUUUUGAUGUAAAGACUAAAACCUACCAAUGAAAGAUUUGCGAUUGGUGGUGACGAAUUUCUGACGUGAUGUUCAGUUUUCUAACGAUACGUUAUUUGUUUGUCAGUUUCAUCACUAUAUGUGCCCAUAAUUUGAAGAAUAAGUUCAACUGAUUUUGAUUAAUAGUGCUUAUACACCUCUUGUUGUGCUCAUCACCUCGCGCACAUAAGCUUGAGAGUUUACCGGUUCGAUUUUCAAAUUAUAUUGAUAUUUGUUUUCUUAAAUUUUCUUGUUAAAAAUUGUUAAGUCACCCUCUUUGAUAAUAUAUUAAUAAUAUUUAAUUCGAUCUAAAUAUAAUUAUAAAAUAUUAAAUAACUAUAUAAAAUAUUUAUGGUAUAAUUUUGAGGAUCAAAAAUGUUGCUUGGAAGUUGGAAGCGUAUGAAGAGAAUGAAUUCUUGCGUACCAUGUCGUUUGUAGAUUAAAACUGGACGUGCAAAUGGAAUGCAAGUAAGGAUAGAUCAUAUUAUACAUAUAAACAUUGAUACAUUAUCAAUAUCAUCUGGCCUAAUAUACUUAACGUUAUGAAUGUGUAUUUGUUGUUGUUGAUAAUUCAUAAUAUCUUGUAUCCAAUAUUAUUAAAAUAUUUCGUCUAUGGAUU